UGCACUGGAGACUGACGAUGAAAGAAGAACUGACAAAUUCAUUUUCUCAGUGUUUCUUCACUGUUUAAGACCCUCAAAAUGAAGAGCUCUUUCCUACUCAUCCUCUCACUGAUCACAGAGAAAAAUGUCUGCCCAAAACCCUUUUAUCAAAAUGUAAAUAAAACAGAAAACACCACCAUCAGAUGUGAUUCUCCACACAAGCACCAGUCCUACUUUUUCUGCAAACAAAGCAAUUCCAGCUGCAUAGAUGUUUUAUCAGGAAAAUCAAGUUCAAAAUACACGGACACAAACAGAGACAAAGGAUUCAAUGUGUCCAUCAGUACCGUGUCUCUGCAGGACGCUGGUCUCUACUGGUGUGGCAUAAAAUCAAAUGACAACAAUUACAAUUUUUUACUCAAACAAAUCCAGCUUAAAGUUAUUGUUAACUUCAGAAGAUCCCUGAUGAUCGGACAGAACUUCUCAUACUGGUGUAAAUACGAUGACGACUCCUUACUUACAAAAUUCAUCUGCAAGGGAGAUGAUCCAUCUACAUGUCAGCCUCUUGUAAACACCACAAAUACUGAGAUGAACGUGAAAUUUUCCAUGACUGACAACAAACAAAAGAAAAACAUCAGCAUCACAAUGAGAGAGGUGACAGUGAACGACAGCGGGACGUACUGGUGUGGAGCAGAAAGCACCGACAGGCGGCGCUUCUUCAUCCACAAACUCUUGGUGACUGUAGUAUCACCGACUCCAGCCACAUCUACUGUUUCUUCAUCUGCAGCGAUCACUGCAGCUGCAUGGACUCACAGUGAGGGUGCUGAUGGAGAAGUUCAUGGCGUCUCUGAGGCCGUCUUCUCUGUGAUCAUCUGUGCAGCUGUCACUGCUGCUUCUGAUAGUUCUGAUCCUCAUCUACAAACGAUUUUCAUGUUCAAAAACCACAGGAAACCGUACAGACGAGGAUUGUACCUAUGAGGAGAUACAGGAGCGCCUCCAGCCGCCAGAACCUGCAUUAAACACCAUUUAUGUCACCGUCAACCCUCCGAGCCACGCUGCCUCGACGCAUUACGCUACCAUCAACUUUCAAAACUGGGAUAAAGCUGGCGGUGAGGCGCUCAAACCCAGCUCCUCUGCCUGUCACUAUUCUACUGUGAAGUUCACCAAAUGUCCAACCAGCUCGAGUGUCACUCCGCUCCAAACGGCCGAGGAGCCGCUCUACUCAACCGUCAACAAGUCCCUGAAAAAAUGAUGAUCAGCUCUGCAAGGAAUCUAACAGAUUUAUGAAAACAAAAAAGGAUGGUUUCACGUGUGAUACUGUCAGAAAAAACAUAUUCUUCAUUUACAGUAUCAAGGACCAGGCACACAAACAGCUCUCACAGCAAUGAGUUACUUUCUUGCAGGAAAGGAGCAGAAUACAUAAAAAAGACGUUGUCAGGAUGUGGUCGCUAAAUGAAGGCCCAAGGAGCAUUUUAUACACAUGAUCAUGUGCAUGACCUUAUAUGACAGAAGAAAUGUAGAUAAGGAGGAAGCUGGCAGUUGAUACUCUUUCACCAAGAAGUCCUUGGGGAAGAACAUGAAGGUCAUACAAGGUUUUCUUCCUCCUCACAAAGGAGACAAACAGCUCAUACAUUAGCAUGAUAAUUAUAGCUAGAUGACUUAUUGUACUAACACAGAACUUAUUUUCCUAACAGAUACACAACACCCACACUUAGAUCCUCUGGACUUUAGUGCAGUGAGUGUAAAAGCAUUCUAAGCGCCUGGAUUGAAAAAUAAUAUCUCAACAGUAAGAGCUGUUAUUUAUAACCUAAGAGGUUUGCUUGUAUUUUCAUAUAGCUGCUUAAAUAUAUUUGUUCUCACCCACCCAUUCAUAUUUCCUGCAAUAAUGUACAGGAGGAGA